AUGCAUGUGCCAGCCGCAAGUUUGAGCGCGACGCAGGACGACAUCGUCGACAGCGAGACAGCCUCAUCCUCUUUCCUGCAGUAUCUAAGGGAAACUCUUCGGACCUACGUUGGCUCGACAUCCUUUACAGAGGCGAAGAACAACGAGCUGCACUUGUACGACGCCGUAGAUGCUGUCGCAUUUCCGCCAGAUUAUGACAGCACAGCUCUGCUGAGAGCCUACCACGAAGCGACGAGUGGCUUGCUUGACCUGUUCACUCCUGUCGAAUUGGAGCAACUUGACGGACCGGGCCAACACAGAGAAGAAGAUACCCUUGCUGCCAUUAACGUUGCGCUGGCGAUCGGUGCUCAACUGCACGAGCUUUCGAAUGCGCAGUCGUUGUCGACGUUUCUUUUCCACAAGGGCCGCCAAACAGCAUUUCAGUCGAUGCUUACGAGACAGAGCCUAUCCAUGGUUCGGCUGUUCACGCUACUCGCCUUCUACAUGAUUGGAGCAUGUCAGAGAGAUACCGCCUCGAUGUAUUUGGGCAUAGCAGCCAAGGCUGCGGCUGUACUCUCUUUGCACAGAACGUCUGGGCCAUCGAAGGGAGAAGAAAGCUCCUUUAGGGCGCGAGUUUGGAACAGUCUGCGCAACGUGGAUGUUCUGUCCAGCUUCAUAUUCGGUAAGCCUAAAAGCCUUCCGGCAGUGAGGCAGAAUUCGAGCCAGACACACUUGCCAUUCGCAUACGAGCACGACAACGAGCCAGCUGAGUUCUCAGCUAUCGUCAAGAGCUGCUCACUGCUCGAAGACAUCGUGGACAAGCUCAGCUGUGGCAAGAUCCUGCACGUUCCGACAGCCGAAAGCCUCCUCCAGCAACUUCGGAGUUGGAGCCGGUCUCUUCCCACCAGGCUGCGUAAGAUCACGCUUUCCAGUCAUGCCGACAGCAACCAUCUUACCUCGCCAAGUUCAGAUCAAAGAGACUGGCGACAGAUCUCCGGAGCACUCCAUGUGUCCUGUAUCUACUACUUCUCAGUCAUACUCAUAACACGACCAUUCUUGAUUGCAUACCUCCUUUCGCGCCUGAAAGGCCGUGCGCCGGACCAGCUUAUCCCUGACCCUGACGAAGCGUCGGAUGUCGCAAUCAAGAACAGCACGGUCUCAAAGAUGGCUCAAGUCUGUGUGAGCGCCGCGGUUCACACGGCGAACACUUGUGCCGCCGCACAGCAGCAUGGAUAUUCUUUCGGGAACCUUUGCCUCCUCAAAGCGUGGAGCUUCGGCGCCGGCCUGGUACUAGGUUUCAGCAAGUUUGCCGGAGAGCCGCGCAAGGAUAUAGAGGAGGCCUUUGAGCAGAUCAACCUCGUACUGGAAUCGAUCGCAAUGCAGAGUCCUCAGGCCCGGCUGUACCGGGAGACCUUGGAAAGCCUGCGAGACUCUGUUGCAAAGUGGCAUGGUCGUAUCAGGAGCGAGAUCAACCGCACUGUCAAGCACUACAUGGACGACAUACUUGCUAUCGAGGUUGAUCAGCGCCAGCUACCAUGUAGUAUGCAAGGAUUACCGAACGCCGCGGCAUACGAAGACACCGGAAUCUUGGCGGAACAGACUUUGCCACUGGAUCCUGCUGUCAUGGGAAACCUGGAGCCUUGGCUGGAACCCUGGCCUGGAAGCACGCCUAGAUCAAGUACAGAGGUAUUGCGCCACCUCGGGUUCGGCGAUAUCUCUGGUGACUAUGGCAGCUACGAUGACACUCUGUUCAACUUCGAACCCUUUGAAAAGCUAUUCUACAGCGUUGAGUAG